AUGGAAGUACUUUUAGAGCCAGAGACUUCUGAUAGAUCUUAUGGAGCUUUGGAUGCUGUGCCGGAGAAAUCCUCUAAGAAAAAAGAGGUGAUCUUCAUCGCAAACUCGCUGGGUCCUCUAAUCGUCACCUUCAUCCUCCAGUUUUUGCUCCAAACCAUAACGAUCUUUGCAUGUGGUCGGCUUGGAGCAGAAGAGUUGGCCAUUGCGUCGCUCGCUUUGUGCACAUUCAACAUCACUGGUUUGGCAUUGUACCAGGGAUUGAGCACUUGUCUAGAUAGCUUUUGCUCCCAAGCAUACGGCGCUGGAAGACCACUUAUGGUCGGAUUAUAUUUUCAGCGAUGCACUUUGAUAAUGGCUGUGAUCACAGUUUUUCCAUUGAUACCGAUGUGGUGGUAUUGUGGCUCUUUGUUGAGGCUUCUUGUUCCUUCCGAGAACCUAGCGGCACAAUGUCAGUAUCUCUUGAGAAUCCUCACGGUUGGGGCUCCUGGCUUCUUGCUCUUCGAGAACGGUAAGCGGUUCUUUCAGGCUCAGCAUAUUUUCAACGCUGGCACGUAUGCUUUAGCAGUCUCGGUGCCAAUUCAUCUUCUUCUCAAUUGGCUCCUUGUUUGGCACCCCAGAACGGGAAUGGGACUCACUGGUGCUGCUAUUGCCUUAUCUUUAUCCUUCUGGAUAACUGCUGCUCUCAUGUUCUUGUACGCUGUAUUCAUAAAUGGAAGGCAGUGCUGGGGAGGCUUGGAUUUGCGUAAAGCAAUGGUUAACUGGAGACCAAUGCUCAAGUUGGCGCUACCAGGAGUGAUCAUGGUGGAGGCCGAAUACCUCGCAUUUGAAGUUAUGACCAUUUUGGCAGCCUCAUUCGGAACAACCGCUUUGGCAGCGCAGUCUAUUGGAGCAAACGUUGGCGCAUUGUUCUUUCAAGUCCCUUUCGCUGUAUCGGUUGCAUUUAGCACCCGUAUAGGUCAUUACGUCGGUGUUCCAGACAUCCCUUCUGCAAGAUUGGUGUCAAAACUAUCUCUCUUGUCGGGCAUCUUUAUGGGUAUUCUCAAUUUUGCGGUUUUGUUUUUAGGGAGAACAGCUUUGGCUAGGAUCUACUCUGAUGACCCAGAUGUCGUGAACACAGCAAGUAAACUCUUGCAAAUUGCUGCCAUCAACCAAAUUUGUGACUGUUUGAACAUAGUAGCAGCGGGAAUAUUGAGAGGACAGGGAAGGCAAAAGAUAGGCUCCUACAUGAACUUGUUUUCGUACUACUGCAUCGCUCUUCCCAUGGCAUAUGUAUUUGCAUUCUUGAUGAGACUAGAAGUUUACGGACUCUGGCUUGGUCUAGUUUGUGGAGUGGCAGUUCUAUCAUUAGGAGAAGUGUUUUGCGCUCAAAGAGGCAAUUGGGAGAAAAUAGUCGCUAAAUGCAUUGAAAGACAUGAUCACUAA